GGUUAGAGUCUACGUGGUGAGGUUUGGAACCGUCAAUCCGGUUGUGCACUUAUCACCAUGGUUGAGACCCGCAGUGGGAAGAACACUAGCCCCUACACCCAGGAACAGCAAGAGAAGAUGGCCGCCUUAGUGAGAGAGAACAAGGAGAGGAAAGAACUCCUGAAACAUGCGAAGUUGAAAGCAAUUGCAGAGGAGCAGGCGGCGAAGAUGAAGAAGUUAGAAGAAGAGAUGGAGGAGAAGAAAAAGGUUGUCGAGGAAGAAGCAGCAGCAGAAGCAGAGGAGGAGAGAAAACGCAGGGAAAUAAAAGGAGAGAGUAGUGGCACGGCAAAGGAGGAUGCAACAAUGGAGAAGAAGAUUAGUGAGUGGAUCGCUAAUUUAUCAUUGGGGGAAGAUGAGGAGGCACAGUUCUAUGUGCCACAGGAUGAGAGAGAUGUGUUAGCCAGCACGCUAGCAGCAAUUGAGGACCCCCUGGAACGGCAAGAAGCAGAGGAGGAGAAGAGGUUGGAGAGUAGAGUAGGGGCACGUAUAGAUUCAGGGGCUACCCGUAGCUAUAUUAGUCGUAGAGCGUUGAAGAAGUUGAGGCUAGGAUUGAAGGUCCAAAAGUUGGCAGACCCCAUAGUCAGUGUCCUCGCAGACAACCGCACAAUGCGAGUUGAGGACUACGCAGAGGGAGUCCAGGCGUACUUUCGCCUAGAAAAAGAUGGGAAGGUGGAGAAAGUCCUCCAUUCCCUGACUCUCCUCGUACAGGAUGACCUUCCUUUUGAUAUAGUGUUAGGAAUGGAUUGGCGAGAGGCAGCAGGGGCCACACUCCACUUGAGAGAGCAUGAGUGUAGGCUCCCUAGUCCAUCAGGCGAGGUCAAGACUGCCCGCCUGUUUCAUGUGUCAGGUGUCGACAACACUCUGGCACAUUGCUGUCUUAGUGCUCCCACGUUCGUGCGAUUAGUGAAAAAGGAGCAGUUAGAGGAUCAGGUCUUUGUAGUUUAUGUUAGACCUGUCAUUGAGGCUAAGGAAGAAGUUAGUUCCACAGAUCCAACCAUUGCCAAGCUGCUGGAGGAGUUUAAAGAUUUGAUCGAGUCGCCGACAGGAGUAGUGCCGCAACCAAUCCAGCACAGAAUAGAAAUAGAGCCUGGCAGUAGUACUCCUAAGGGAGCAGUCUACAGGAUGUCCCCUAGAGAGUUAGAGGAGCUACGUAAGCAAUUGGAUGAGCUCCUGGAGAAAGGUUGGAUCAGGCCUAGUUCGUCUCCUUUUGGAGCACCAGUUUUGUUCGUCCCCAAGAAGGAAGGAGAGUUACGUAUGUGUAUAGACUAUAGGGGUUUGAAUGCCAUCACAGUGAAGAAUGCUGAACCACUUCCUAGAAUAGAUGAUCUUUUAGAUCGGGUGCAGGGUUGCAAGUAUUUCUCAAAGAUAGAUUUGAAGUUCGGGUAUCAUCAGAUAGAAGUUCACCCUGAUGACCAGUACAAGACUGCAUUCCGGACUAGAUAUGGGCAGUAUGAGUUUAUAGUGAUGCCCUUUGGACUAACCAACGAGUCAGCUACAUUUCAGCGUUGUGUUGACGUGGCAGACAGGCACGCAGGUGUUGAUGUUUCAGACAGGCAGGCAGGUGUUGACGUGGCAGACAGGCAUGCAGACAGAGAGGCAGGUAAACAGACGGACAGGCAUCUGCUGUAUUCGGCGAUUACUUCGCUGAUGCUCUCACGGAAGAGAAAUAGCUUCAGGAAUGUCGUGAACGAUACGAGUAUAUCGUGGCUGAAGAUUCAUGACAAGGAUGAGCGUGAACCUCGGUCUGGGUGUAAAGUGUCCUACGGUGUGCGAGGUGAUAAGAAUGAUGAGGCUCUCGACACUUGGUUGAGAAUGGUGCCAGUGUGGGUCAGGGCAAAGAGGACACGGGUAGAGGAAGAGGUGAUCAUUGUCGCCUCGUAUCUGGAGGGUUCAACAACUCGAUGGCUAGAUGGAUUAGUAGCCUCGAAAGGGUUCGGUAGGUGCAUGAAUGAUUGGGCUAAGACCCAUGCUCUUAAGAGCGUCAUGGAAUUGGUAGGGUUUGAGAGAUUAGUUGUUCUAGCUGGUGAGAUUUUACGUAGUUUAUGUUUAGGAGAUUGUCAUAAUGCAAUGGGACGUUUUGGCUAUAAGAAGACUAGUGCAAAUCUGGUACAACGAUUUUGGUGGCCUGGUAUGCUGGACAAAGCCAAACAGUACGUUCAGACUUGUCAAGUCUAUCAGCAGAACAAGUCGCGGACUCGAGUUCCGAUUGGAUUACUCAAGCCUCUACCCAUUCUCGCUGGUCUGAGACAGAGUGUUUCCAUGGAUUUCAUGGAUACCCUUGUGACCAGCAAGAGUGGCAAGAGGCAUAUUUUCGUCAUAGUUGAUAGGUUGACUAAGUUCGCUAGACUGAUUGCCAUGCCAGAGACCGCGAGGGCUCAACACGUCGUCAAGUUAUUCAUGGAUAACUGGGUUCUGAAAGCAGUUCGCACGAUCCCUAUGGAUGUGCUUUUCAGCGAUGAUCGUGAUCCGUGUUUGAAGUCCCAACGUGGUGAAGGUGAAGGAAUUGCUCGUGCCCUGUCCCAAACACGAAAUUGUGCGACAGUUGUUGACGUGCCCGAUGAUAGCAAUCCCCCACCGCCAGUUGCACGUGUUCCUCAUCCGCGCGCUUACCUUUCUCACUGGUUUGAUGAUGCAAAGAAGGUUGGUUUGCGAAAGGUCUUGAAUGAGAUCUUUUUCAAAAUGUUUGUGAAGACUGCGACGGUCGUGAAGGAUGAACGGAUAUGGGAAAAAUUCCUUGAUUGGCAGAGAACUAAACUCACUGAUAUGUGCUCGGAACGAGGAUCCUCUCUGCCCUUCAAUCCGUUGAAUAUUUUGGAUGUGGAGUCCAACUGGAUGUUGCAAUCCCUUCUGCACGAUGACUACAUUGCGCUCUCCAAUGACGAGAUUGCAAGAAUGACAUUUGAUUUGCCCUAUUGUCCGACGGAUGGGACUAUUCCGGAGCCCUUCUUCAGAUAUGCUCGCAUACAAAGUCUCAUCAAAAGAAUUUCUCUCGGUGUUGCUUCUUCCGCUCUUCCUUUGGCCACUGUCCGUCCAAUGUCAUUACCGGCACCGUCUCCUGCCAAUUGUCAACGUCUUGCAGUUUAUGCUUCGCCGUCCAAUGUGGGAACGCUCAUCGUCACUGCUUCUACGGUUGUUUCUGCUUCUCCUGCCGCUAUGUUUACUCCAUCUCCUGCUCCUUGCGUUGUCCCCGCUCAUGUCUCACCAGCUGCACAACUGCAAGUCCGUACAGGAGGUUUGCCAGAAGUCACAGCUUCUACUUUUGAUAUUGCCGUCUAUGAGUCUCUUGCAUCCGUUGGUCCCAAAAAAGUGCAUGCGCAUCUCUCCUAUCUUCAUAGCUCUCACAGGUUGCAAGAUAUCGCGCAAGCAGCUGAGGAGUUGCAUACGGAUAUGAACACGUGGAGGUCUGUUGAUGCUGCGGAUGUCUUGACUACCAUCGGCAACGACAAAGUCGAUUUCAAACUUUUGAGGAUUAUCGCCGGAAAGUGCUGCAACAGAGUUCUAUUCAGAGCUAGAGAAGCGGCAGCAGCAGCCGAGCAAGCGCUAGCAACGGCAACAACCAUUGCAACAGCUAUAGCUACUUUUGCUGCUACCUCAACCGCUACAUCUGGUGAGAUGAUCAUUGGCAUGCCGCAGAAUUCGCAGGCCACAUCCAGCAAAGUGAACACAAGCAAUUCUUCCAGCGAGAUGGUGGGCUCGCAGUACAACUCACCACCUCCACGUACUCGAGAAGCCAUUGAACUCCAGCAAGUGGAGUUGAUCCGCUUACGGUUAGAGAAGGAACUUAGAGAAGCUACUGAAAGAGAAAAUGAGAUUAGAACUAGGAAAACUAGACUAGAGAAUAGGAAGGCAUUCAAAGUUUUUGUAGAAGGGUUCGAUGACGCUGUCAUUGGUGACAACAUGAGAAUUCUCAAGGCAGGUCUUCUGUACAUGCAUGCAUACAUGGGCAGCAAACUGGAUGCUAUCCAGGAUACCCUUGACCAGAUACUAAGCACCAAUGCAGGGAAUGAGAAAGCUUUCCCAUCUCCAAUAGGUGGGCCCAGUUUUCGGCGUCCGGUGUUUUCAUCACCAGUUUCUUCUCUGGUGAUGACUAGUCCUACUAUGUCUCAAUAUAGCAGUUCACCAAGAGAUGGAGGAGACGACGAUGUUAUCGGUACGGAUGGUGAAGCAUUACCCGUCGAGGUACGGGCACCAGACUUUGAGGGCGUAGACCACGGCGAGGAGCUCCUUCUCGUUGGAUGGGUAGUUCAUUUCUGCGGGAAGGAGUUUCUUGCUGGCGAAUGUGAUGGGGUGCUCGCUGGGUGGGCAUUGGGAGUGAGUGGGGGAGUCCUUGAUGGAGGGGUUUCCGCAGGGUCGGGGGGAAAGUGCUGGGAUAAGACGGCCCCGAUGGCAAAGUCGGAGGCAUCUUUGGUGACGAAGAAGUGGCGAGUGGGGUCGGCGAUUUUGAGGACGGGGGCAGUGGUGAUGAACUCCUUGAGUUUGUCGAAGGCGGUUUGGCGGUCGUCUGUCCAAGCGAAGGAAUUUCUGGUCGCGGAGGAUGGCGAGAACUUGGCGGAGAUGAUCAAGGUGGGACUCGAAGGUGGGGCUAAAAACAAGAAUGUCAUCGAGGUAGAUCACGACACAGACUUCGAGGAGGUCGCGGAAGAUGUGGUUCAUGGUGGAUUGGAAUGUGGCGGGGGUGUUGGUGAGACCGAAAGGCAUUACGAGAAACUCGUAGUGCCCGAAGUGGGAGCGGAAGGCGGUCUUGUGGGUGUCCUCCUCGCGGAUGCGGAUCUGGUGGAAGCCAUUGCGGAGGUCGAUCUUGGUGAAGUAUUUGGCUCCACGGAGGUGAUCAAGAAGUUCGGAUAUCCGGGGAAGCGGAUACUUGUUCUUGAUCGUGAUCAGAUUCAAGGCGCGGUAGUCUAUGCACAUGCGGAGUUCCGAGGUGCCGUUCUUCUUGACGAAGAGACAACUGGUUCCGAAGGGGGAGGAGCUAGGCUUAAUGAAUCCUUUUUCAAGGAGUUCAUUGAGUUGGCGCUUCAUUUCUUCGGCCACGGGGACGGAGAGCUGAUCGAAGAAAGUGAUUGUGGAGGGGUUGGGGACAUGGUUACAAGGGGCGGAGGGAUUGGCAGACGAAUUGUUGAUGCCAGGACAUGGUUACAAGGGGCGGAGGGACAGUGUUCAAGAGGAGGAGGGCCCAGAGGCCGCGGUGGAGGAGGAGGAAGUGGGUGUGGGAGGGCUGGAUCCUGUGGGGCGGGAAGCCUGGUGGGUGGAGCGGUCGGCCUUGGGGCAUUUAGUUUGUUGAUGCCCCAGCUGACGGCAACGGAAACAACCGUCGUUGGCCUGGAGGAAGGUGCGUUCGGCGGGGGUGAGCUUUUUGAGACGAGGGGGUUGGGGGGAGGAGGAAAGCUGGGAGGUCAGGCAUUGCCGUUCCAUCCUCAUGAGAUGGACAACCUGGAAGUCUUCCUCGCGGAGGUGAGGAAGGCGAUCAUGGUGGAGAAGGCGGGUAAGGAGAUCGGUGAGAAGGAGCUCGGGCUCAUGGGCGAGGGCUGCGGUGAGGUGGGGGAAGCAUAUCCGCUUGAUGCGGGAGAUGAAGACGUAGUCGGGAAUGAGAGUCGACGGGAUGUGGAGGCGGAGGGAGCGAACGUAUUGGAUGAAUCGCUCAGUGGGGCCGGUUUGGUGGAGGUUGCAAAAUUGAUCGAUGUAGUCAUCGAUGGUCGUUUGCGGAGUGAAGGUGGCAAUGAGAAGGUCGGCCCAUUGAAGGAAGGUGAUGCGGGGAAGGCCGUUGUCUCGGCGGUUGUUGGCUUCGACACCGAGCUCAUCUGUCUGGAGCCAGAUCCUCCUUCUAUCUCUAUGGCUUCCAUCUCUACGUCCCUCCCUCUACCGUCCAUCGAGUCCACCCCGCCGUCGGGCGCUGACACUGGCGUUGAGGAACUCGCACACUAUACGGCCGACCUGGAGCCCGCAGUUCGUGACCUAAUUCGAGAGUACCACGACGUUUUCCCAUCGUUGUUUUUCUACGUCGGCAUCCCACCGAUGCGCGGCGUCGAGCAUUCCAUCCAGCUUGUGCUUGACUAUCGUGUUCACCACCAGGUAUCCUACAGACUCUCGAUCCCCGAGGCCACCGAACUCGAGCGUCAGCUUGAGGAGCUUCUGAGAAUGGGUUUCAUUAAACCCAACAACUCCCCGUGGGGUGCACCCAUCCUCUUUGCUCGCAAAGCGGAUGGAACUCUCCGUCUCUACAUUGAUUAUUGCGGGCUCAACCGCUACACGGUUAAGAACAACUACCCCAUGUCUCGUUGCGACGAGCUGUUCGACCGCCUAGCAGGCAACCGCUUCUUUACGAAGAUUGAUCUUCGUAACGGUUACCAUCAGAUUCGCGUCGCUGCAGCGGACCAGCUGAAGACAGCGUUUCGAUCGCGCUUCAGCCACUAUGAGUUUACGGUGAUGCCAUUCGGCCUCACCAACGCACCCGCUACCUUCCAGAGGGCGAUGAACGACAUAUUCAGGGUCAUCCUGGAGCAGUACGUUCUCGUCUACCUCGGCGAUAUCCUGAUCUACAUUCGUACCCUUGAGGAGCAUCUCGGACACCUCCACGACGUCCUUGACCGCUUGCGCAGACAUGGCUUUUAUGUCAAGCUGAGCAAGUGCCGCUUUGGCCAGCACAAAGUGGAUUUCUUAGGACACUAUCCGCCAGUGGUGAGAGAUCAGAUUCUCAUGAGAUUUGGUUGUCAUUUAGGAUUACUCUGGAGGACAGAGGAGAAAGCAUUUGGAGUAUUUGAUGGCAUGUUUGUCUACCUUUCCUCUAAGUCUAUACAAGACCAGAUGUGGCAUCAGGUGUCAGUAUCAAUUGACAAAAAUGGUUACGGACGACUUUUUGUUGAUGGCAUCUCCCAGCAGCUUACCAAGGGCCGGAUCAGCGAACGCAAGCGCUACCAUUCCCAGAUUGGGAUGAUCUUCCAGACAGAUUAUGCACCCUUUUUAUGCCCACCUGCUUCCCCAGCCCAAGCCUUGUCAACAAUCUCCAUGUCCUCGACUUUCCCCUCAUUUAAUUCACAGAAUAGCAGUAUUGCCACUUUUGACCAAGAGAAAUUGAGAUUCCUAUCAAGCAUCCAAGCCCUGAGAGGGACAAAGUCCUUUCUUGAAGGAAAAGGGACCUCUGCAGAAGAUGGACACAUCAAUCUAGAAAUCAAUUCAGGAGAGUUAGCACCCGUACCCAACAUGAAUCUCAAGCUUGCAUAUCGGACCCUUCUCACAGUCAAUUUUUCAUCAGAAAGAUCUAAAUGGCUCUACCCUCCAAUCACCCAGAUGGCACACGUGCCACAAGGCCUUCGUCAUAAUCGUAAUGCAAUGCAUCACCAUUUACGAGGCAGCAAAAGGUCCCUCUACCUUGAUGUCUGGCCAUUUCUUGGUGGAUACUACAGUGUUGAGUUUUCGCCUCACCCACAAAAUCUUACGUGGGACAUCCCAGAUGAAGUUGAAUCGCUUUGUCAUUGCAGUCUUGACAUUGGUCGGGCAUGCGAUCCAUUCUUUGAGACAUUUGAUGGCCUCAUUGAUGAAGUGCAGGUCUGGAAUCGUAGUCUCACUUCCUCAGAGAUCAGUGAGUUUAUGUUUUCACUUCCCCUCUGUGUUUCCUCACUUGCAUACAAUAAUUGCCGGGCUUGGCAAAGUGACUAUGUGAUUGAUCUCAUUGGGUAUUACAAGUUUGGAACACCUUGCCGCCCUCCUUUCGCUGUUAGACCACCUGAUGAGGCACCUAUUCAGCCUGCAACCAACCCUCAGCCCGAGACCAUCACCACGCCUCCGAAUAGUUCAUUGUCCUCGGCCUUCUCUUUGCGACCACCAGACCUCAAAAUAAAGCAAUUCCAGUCACAGAAACAACUAGAACAUCUCAUUGAGUCUCCAGUAACCCAUAGGUUGCCAGUUAACCUCAGCAGUCAAUCAUUUGGACUGGCAUCACUCAACCCUCGGCUUUCUGCCACUUCUCUGUCUCUUUCAGCAAGUGAUUCUCCGCCACAACUAGAUCACUCUAAGAGGAGUCGUGGUCAUCCAACACUUCAUGUCCGACACGAUCAUCAGGCCCUACCGUCCAUGCAGCUUACUGCAGACCAUUCUUUGGUUCUGAGAAACUCCCGGACCAGAGGAUCCUCUUACGUAACAGAGUUUGGGAUCCCUCCUCCUCGGACACUUUCUCAAUCAGUAGAUCUCAGAGUCUCCUCUGCACCACCCCUGAUGAUGUGCACGGGACUUCGUUGCAACAACAAGGGGGUACAUGGAGGAAAGCAUCGCAAAUUGCUGUGGGAUGAAGGGUGGCUGGAGCAACAUGUAGUGGAUAACAGUGCGUUUGAUUCAGAUUCUGCAAAUGAUGAGGAUGUCCUUGCCAGCAACUCACACAGUCCAAGCAAAACACGAAAGCAUGCAGCUCCUGCAAUUGUUCUGACAUGGAGGAAGCCCUUCUGGUUCUCAUCUGCUCCGUGGGUUUCCCCAACAAUAACAUUCUACAAGGGAUCAUUUCUCCCUCUAAAUGGAAAGAAGAGAAUACUGUUUCGUGGACUUGGGUUUGCUCGAAGCUCUUUUGCAAAAUGCAUUGUUACUGCUACCGGUAUUGGUGUGCCUCUACUCAUUCCGAGGCAAAGCAAGAAGGCAGGUAGCUCUCAUUCUGCUGAAAACAAGCUGGUGACUUCAGGUGAAGUCCUUGGGUACAUUGAAAACGAAAGCCUGAUGUUCAGCUACUUUUCAUCACUCAACUGCACAGCACCCACAAUUACAAUCUCAGGUGAUUCCUUUGCGUUGGGAGCUUCAAACGAUGGAGGUCGCACAGAACAGAGUGAGCCAAUUCCAACAAGAGUAACAGGUGAGCAAGAGCUGUAUGGUUUUCUUGCUGGGUGACAAGAAGUGCAAUCAGACUCGACUUCAGACUUGCUUCCACAUGCAUACACACGAACUGAUGGCAAAACUAAAACUCUUCAACUCAGAAUCAACAAUAAACUUGCAUUUAAACU